AUGGCUUCAAAACAACAGCUUGAGAGAUUAAGGGAAGAUCUCAUUUGUCCCAUCUGUUUAGACUUAUUCACCGAUCCGGUGUCACCAGACUGCGGCCACAACUUCUGCCGCUCCUGUAUCACGCAGUUAUGGGAACAUGAAGAUAGAAACUCCUGUCCGGAAUGUAAAGAGGUAUUUGCAGAGCGCACCCUCAGGGUUAGUCGGGCCUUGGCGAGUCUGGCUGAGAAAGCUCGAACACUGAACCUGCAUCUCAAAGAGAAGGAAACUGGGCGGGAACACAAGUCUCACAGCUUCAUGCCGGUCGAUGAAGCUGGUGAAAUCUACAAGGCUGAGAUCAAAUCUUCCUUAGAAUCUCUCACUCAAAAUAAAUUGGCGUUGGAACAAAUGGAACAGCAACAGAAGCAAAAGAUCUGUGGAGUUCUGGAACAGUCACAGUAUCUGCAGUCCCACAACAGCUCCCUGUUUGCUGAACUGCACCAGAUUCUCUUCCAUAGAGAACAACGCCUACUUAAAUAUCUCAGCGAUGAGAAAGAGAUGAUUCUAAAUACAAUGGAGAAAAAUAUUCAAGAGAUUCAAGUGUGUUUGAAUCUUAUGCAGCAGGAACUCCCAAUUUUACAGAAACAACUGGGUCAAGUAAAUGACUCUGUGACCUUGGACUUGGAAACAGCGUGUUCGAAACACGAGGUGUCCGAGGGUCGGAAGAGCGUGAGGUGGACCGGGACAGAGAGGAGUGUCCCUGACAACGGGAAGAGGUUUACAAUCUGACCUUGUGUGCUGGGGCCGGAGGGAUUCACCUCGGGGAGACAUUACUGGGAGGUGGAGGUGAUGGAGAACUGGGGCUGGUGUCUGCGAGUCGCCGCUGAGUCUCUAGUCAGGGAGAGAGACAUCAACCUGAGGCAGGUGACUGGGCUCUGGUCCGUGGAGCAAGUUGGUGACGAGUUUCGUGUGAACUCCUCUCGGAAAACCCGUUUCCUCACCGAUCCCAUCCCAGAGUGGCUGGGAGUUUAUCUCAGUUACGAGGCAGGAAUAGUCUCAUUUUACAGCGCGGAAACCAAGUCCCAUCUCCACACCUUCAACUCUGUGACCUUGGACUUGGAAACAGCGUGUUCGAAACACGAGGUGUCCGAGGGUCGGAAGAGCCUGAGGUGGACCGGGACAGAGAGGAGUCUCCCUGACAACGGGAAGAGGUUUACAAUCUGGCCUUGUGUGCUGGGGCCGGAGGGAUUCACCUCGGGGAGACAUUACUGGGAGGUGGAGGUGAUGGAGAACUGGGGCUGGUGUCUGCGAGUCGCCGCUGAGUCUCUAGUCAGGGAGAGAGACAUCAACCUGAGGCAGGUGACUGGGCUCUGGUCCGUGGAGCAAGUUGGUGACGAGUUUCGUGUGAACUCCUCUCGGAAAAUCCGUUUCCUCACCGAUCCCAUCCCAGAGUGGCUGGGAGUUUAUCUCAGUUACGAGGCAGGGAUAGUCUCAUUUUACAGCGCGGAAACCGUCCCAUCUCCACACCUUCAGUGGGAAUAA